GUCCCAAAUAGGUUUGUGGUUCCAGAUUUUUAAGGCUGCGGUGCUUUUUAUCGAUUGAACGAUCUGGCAAUAAUUGCAUUGGAUUGAUUUGGAUUAUCUGGGAAAAAGGGAGCUGGCGAUAUUGAUGUCAAUUGACCGUCGACUUGUGAAUGAGGGAGAAUAAUAAUACGGAGCAAUCAAUCACUCUCACCACUCUUUGAUUGUGAAUCAAUUACAUUACAUACAUUACUUUCUCAGUACCACAAGAUCUGGUGAAUUAUUUGCACCGUACCUCUCACUCUCGUCAAGCAGUUACUCGAGACUCAUCUAUCUCACCCUUUACACCACGAGUCUUUCUUCAACUUCAAUAAACCACCUUAUUUCAUCACACAACCAACAUGCGAUUCUCAACUCCCGCAGCCCUCUUGACAAUUGGCAGUCUCUUUGGAGCUGCCGUUGCUCACAACAUUCAACUCGCAGCUCAUGGCAGAGAGUGCUUUCACGAACAACUUCACAAAGAUGACAAGAUGACGGUUACAUUCCAAGUUGGAGAUAGGGAGUUUGGCAGUGCUGGCAAUUUGGACAUCGACUUUUGGAUCCAAAACCCCGCCAACGGAUAUGAGGCCCACGAAAGAGCUGUGUCUAACGGAGAUCACUCAUUUACUGCCAACCAUGACGGCAAAUACCUAUACUGCUUCAGCAACGAGCACUGGUCGGCAUCGAGCAAAGAUGUAUCUUUCAAUGUUCACGGCAUCGUCUAUGUACCAGAGGCAGAAGCUCCAUCGGAUCCCUUAGAGGCAGAAGUUCGACAAUUGUCUGACCUCCUUGCUCAAGUCAAGGACGAGCAAUCAUACAUUGUUUUGCGCGAGAGAACCCAUCGUAAUACAGCAGAGAGCACAAACGGCAGGGUCAAGUGGUGGAGUAUCUUCCAGAUGGGAGUCUUGGUUGGCGAAGGUAUCUUCCAAGUUUGGUGGUUGAAACGAUUCUUCGAGGUAAAGAGCCACAGUACCGAACGCUACGGCGUUUUGAGCCGGUAGCUGAUUGACUUGCGUAGGUCAAACGCGUUGUUUAAGAGUGCGCAUCAAGCAUGCUUCGUUCAACUAGUUCGGUAUAACUUCUGGAGCGUAAUUUUGGGAAAUUGGAACAGCUAUGUAUCAACAGUAUUCGAUUCGAAUUUCCGACUGAAGCUUUCUAUAUCUCUUGCGCGUUAUUAUGAGAUACUGGGUAGCAUACCCCUUUACUGACAUUCAACUCUUCUUCAUAUUGAGACAAUCUCAUAGGGCAGGAAAUGGAAACUCUUUUACCCAAGAUAUCACACAUCGAAAUCACCCAUAACAUCAGAUGAUCCAUUGCUGAAUCUCAUGGAAUAUCAACUAAUGUUCAUCCCAAAUCAAAGCCCUACCGGCUAAAUUGUAAAACUAUUUGUCCCUGGUAUCAUUCGUGCAGAUUUUGACCCAGAACGUAUUCGGUUUCGUACUCGCAUGUUCUACUUACCCACGCCG